AUGAACGCCUCGGGGAUCCACCAUGGGACGCUCAGGAUGUAUGGUGGAUUUAUUUUCAAACAGUGGAAAAAGAGGUUUCUGCUCCUAACAGCUGAGGGCAGUCUCCUUGUGUGCCAUGAUGCCUCGUCUCCCCCUGACCAGCUGGUGCUGUUGCAGACCCACUGUGAGGCAAUUGUGGAAGGCAAAGAGAUCCUAGAUUUGCCCAAGUUGCCCUCCGGUGGAUGCAGGGAUUGCUGCUUCGCACUGAUCCUCACCCAGAAUAAAUACCUGCUGCUGCUGGCUGAAACCUCCGCAGACUGCAGUCAGUGGCUGAAUGUGCUGAAAAAAGUGAAACAGAGUCUCUCAUCACCCCUCAGUCCUUGUAAGCGACAUUAUGUGCCACCGCCGCGCAUUACUCUCAAAGAUCUGGUGCCGGAGCAAAUCCUGGAAAAAGAUCCACCAACUCCACCAGUAAGCGACACAGAGGUUCCCUCCCCGGGGCCUUGUGCGUCUCCAAGGGAAAGAGGCAGGAAUUCUCCCCGCUCAAAGUGCUAUAAAGGAGGGGCACAUUCAGUAGGCUGCCUGCGCCACGGCACUAUCAGCAAUGCACAAGCAGUGAAGGCAGUUUAUCUGCUGAUGGGAGGGGCGGCGGCUUCCUCUGCUAUGGGUUACUUAGGGACAUGCUCGCUCUCCAAUCUGGAAGCCAAGGCUCCUGACAUGCCACUCAACACGGAUUUCUCCCACAUGGGACCAGCGGGAGCGUUCCACGCCACCGGACCCGCACUCGACUCCCCUCACUACAACAGCUUCGACUUUGAAGUGGGAGACUCUGAUUUUGAUGCUUUUGAUUGUGGGGGAUUUACUUUUUAAUGAUGUGUUGAGUGGGGGGGCUGUGGAUAUGGACAGCUUUAACGAUGCUGAAAAUUAACUUGAUAUUUCAGCAUGGUUUGUCAAAAUGUGAGAAACUUUAUGAAGGUCUGCAAAUAGAGUUGAUUCUUAAGGGGAAAAUGUUGCUAUGAAAUAACUGCAGUAUCAUGAUCCCCUUUUAGGUCAGUGUAGCCAACUUGUUAGCAGACAGCCUGUUUCGACAUCAAGCAGUUAAUGAGCAACACAAUCAUUCAUUUGGAGUUUAUGUUUGUGGCGACGUGUCCGAUAUCCAUUGUGUUUUAGCUCCGUGUUUGGUCUUCACCAACUCCUAAGCUGCUACACGCUCCACUGUGUUCACCAGCUAGUCGCUAACUUUGUGUGUGUGUGUGUGCCGUUCGGUGGUGUGUGCUACAGUGUCACCAUGACUAGGCCUUGACUCUUUAGUUAAGUACGUUGAAGUGAAACGUUGUCGACGUGAUUCAUGAAUUCUUUCAUAAGUACUGUUACACCUGUGUUGUGACAUGGAAACUGUGAUGACUUGUGCAUAUCACUCACCCCUUGUAUGUGCAUUAUUUCUCACAAUAAUUAUUAUCAUCUAUCAGUGACUGUGACUGUGAUGGGCAUUUGCAGGAAUGCAUAAUAUGCCAUGUACUGUAUGUGUUUUAAAUGUGCUACAAGUCAGGAAUGAACCACAUGUGUGGCUAACCGAGCUAAUGACACGAAAGUUUGCAACUUUACACACUGUUCUACACGAUGCGUCAGAUUUUUUUAUUUAGUUACAGUCACGGACGCUGGCUUCGGAUCAAAAUAACUUAUUGUCACUUCUCAGUGUCAUCCACUUUUGUGCAUGUCCUGUGUUUCUUUUAAUAUGCAGCUGUUGUUGUGCUUUACAUCUAUGUUAAGAAGGUUAAGGUUAAAAGAUAACUUAAAUGUCUAUUCUAGCCCGUUUCACUGAA